AGUGUCACUGCCAGCAUCACACAGCCAGCAGCCAGAGAGACGUCACACCAGCGGCCAAUAUUUUGAGCCAGGGAAAGUGAAGAAGGAUGUGUGCAUCUGGAUGGCCAAUCACGCUUCUGCUGUUUUGCCUGUUGGUUUCAGCUACCUCAUCUCCUGUUUCCAUGUACACACCUGCUCCUCCCCUUCCAUUUCAAAUUUCACCUCCCUCUCCAGCAAUCAUCUCAUCUCUACCUUCUCCUUCUCUCAGUACCCAACCCCCCACCCCUCCCCUCAUCAGCAACUCUGGAGAGGCAACAGAAAUAGUCAAUUGCUCCUUGACGAUAUCACCCUCCACUCUGGUGGUCAGGUUUGGAGAUCCAGUCACAGCUAACUGCUCUGUACAAAUGGAGCCUUUUUCUGGACUUGGUUGGCAAGUCCAAGUGCAGACUAUUGACUUCACUUUGGAACGUUUUGUCAUCUGGAGAGUGGAGAGGAUAACUAACUGGACCUUAGAGCCUAUGUGCUAUGCACUAUCUGAGGUGGGAGGGCAAUGCCACAUUAAGCUCCCUCUGAUAGUCUACAAGCCUCCAGAUAACGUCUCCAUCAGCUUUGUAAAUCACACUGGGCCAAUGUUUGAGGGUCAUCAGUACACUCUGCAGUGUACAGUACACGAUGUUGCUCCUGUUGAAAACCUCAUUGUGACCUUCUACAAAGGACAGAUCGCACUGGGUAAAGUGCAGUUGAACAACAACACAACGAAGGAACCAGUGACUGACAUCUUCACUUUCAACAUCACUCCAAAUAAAAAUGAUGACGGUGUCCAGUACUGGUGUGAAGCCAAGCUAGAACUGGGAUCUGAAGGACCUGGGCAUCCUCCAGUGGUGAAAUCACACAAAAUAACUGCAAGCGUCCACUUUGGUCCACAGCUCGUCUGUCCACCAAAACUGCAGGUGAGAGAGGGAGAGAGCCUUAGCUGUGAGGUGAGAGGAAACCCUCAACCAUCAGUCACCUGGUUCAGGGAUGGGCAGGUGGUUGCCCUGCCCACUCACUCAAGCAGAAGGCAUGCUGGGAAAUACAUAGUCUUGGCACAAGGACUUCAUGAACAGAGAAACUUUACAGUGGAGGUGGAGGUCCUCUCUGGCAGUGGAACUGCAAACAACUUUAAUGGAUAUUUUCUGUUGGCCGUCUUGCUUAUUCAGAUGAUUAACUGUCUGUAAAACCACCCGAAAGAAUCCAACGUUAUCUUUCCAUGCUGUCUGGACGAACUGCUCCUGCUGUGAGAACUGUUAUUCAGAGAUGACUGACUGCUUUGUGUCCUUAGUUUGUUUAAAUGGACCAGUUUUGCACCAUUGUAUUUUUGUGCAUCAUUUUCAAUACUAAAAAAAAAAAAAAAAAAAUCAUUAGAAGCAGAAGUUCUUAUGUAGAGCUUCUGCCCAGGUACAUUUUUUGUUAUUAGACUUAUGUUUCUAUGUCAUCUGCACAAAAAGUAAAUGUAUAUAUGCAUAUAUUCUAAACUGAAAGCUGCUGUACAAAGAAAUUCACAUUCUAGUUUUGUACAACUUGAUAAUCACUCAUACUACCAUAGGUCUGAGACAGUGGUUUGCUUUGCCAAACAAAGUUACAAUGUCUUUCCUGUGUCUGCUGUAUAUUAAAAGGCUGAAGUAUGUUCUGCA